GGCUCCCUCCUUCGUGGGCUCCAUGUCACCAUCUGUGGCACAGUUCCUCUCUGUCACUCUCCUGGCCACCCCCUCGUUCUCCUUCCUCCCUCCUCCUCCUCUCUAUCCUGCCUCUCUCUGCAUCUCUCCCUCUCGCCAGUGUCUCCUCUCCUCUUUCCUCCUCCUGGUCUCCUGUCACGCAUCUCUCAUCACUCCCCCUCAUUCUGCCUUUCCUCCCACUCACUGUCUUCUCUCUCCCUCUCCUCUCCCUCCCUCUCUCUCUUUCUCCACCUCCUCCCGACCCCCUUCCCCUCUAUUUCUAUUGGCUUCUUCGUCCCUUGUUCCCCCUUCUCUUCUUCACCUUGGGAAGCUUCUCCCCCGAUCCAUGCCCCUGCCCCCCCCAAGGAUGCGUCCUGGAGAUGGGGGGUGACGUACCAGGCGCUGGUUGGGAAGUCAGGGCCGGAGACCAGAUGGGAAAGGCUCUGUGGACAGCUGUGGCUGAGGGUCUGGGAGGGGACCCAAGCCCGCAGGCAGACUAGAAGUGGGUGCCGUGUGGGGACCCCAGUUAGUGCCCUGGGGCACCUGGGGACUGGGCAGGGAGAGGGGACAGCAGAAUGAUAACCAGCCUGGCGGCAAGGAGGGGAGCCCUCACCCCAUGGGCAGGAUCUUGAGGAUCCGGGGAUGUGGAUCUGAGGCUUCCCCCCGGGGCCAACAUCCCACUUUGGAGCUCUCUCCUUGCUGCACUGCUUGGCGGUUCACAUUUACGGAUGUUCUGGGUCAUGUCCCGGGUCCUGAAGUUAAGAAAGGCAUCAUUCGGGGCCCCUGCAUUCAAGAGCCAGUGUUCUACCAGUCCUCUGAGGAGUCCGCCCCCAGCUUUCAGGCAAGCUUGUGCCAAAGAUAAACCAGACGGAGGAAAAGUCCCUCCUUCCCAAGGAUGAACUAGAUCAGGCACAGGAUUCCAGCUCUUUAAAGAAAAGACGGCCCCUCAAUUGCAGGUCUGGCUUACGCGCGUGGAAAACCAUAAUUUCCCUGCCUCUGCUGCCUGGGCAAAUAGCUGACUGCUGACCACCCACCUCGGCCAUGGACACACUUCAUCCAUCAUCGGUGUCUACAACCUCAGAACCCGAGAAUGCCUCCUCAGCCUGGCCCCCAGAUGCCACCCUGGGCAACGUGUCGGCAGGUCCAAGCUCGGCGGGGCUGGCGGUCAGCGGUAUUCUCAUCACGCUGGUGUACCUGGUGGUGUGCGUGGUGGGCCUGCUGGGAAACUCGCUGGUCAUCUAUGUGGUCCUGCGACACACGGCCAGUCCCUCGGUCACCAACGUCUACAUCCUCAACCUGGCACUGGCUGACGAGCUCUUCAUGCUGGGACUGCCCUUCCUGGCCGCCCAGAAUGCCUUGUCCUACUGGCCCUUUGGCUCCCUCAUGUGCCGCCUGGUCAUGGCGGUGGACGGCAUCAACCAGUUCACCAGCAUCUUCUGCCUGACCGUCAUGAGCGUGGAUCGCUACCUGGCCGUGGUGCAUCCCACGCGCUCGGCCCGCUGGCGCACGGCUCCGGUGGCCCGCACGGUCAGCGCGGCCGUGUGGGUGGCCUCGGCUGUGGUGGUGCUGCCCGUGGUGGUCUUCUCGGGGGUGCCCCGCGGUAUGAGCACCUGCCACAUGCAGUGGCCCGAGCCGGCGGCGGCCUGGCGAGCCGGCUUCAUCAUCUACACGGCCGCGCUGGGCUUCUUCGGGCCGCUGCUGGUCAUCUGCCUCUGCUACCUGCUCAUCGUGGUGAAGGUGCGCUCCGCCGGGCGUCGGGUGUGGGCACCCUCGUGCCAGCGGCGGCGACGCUCUGAGCGCAGAGUCACGCGCAUGGUGGUGGCCGUGGUGGCGCUCUUCGUGCUCUGCUGGAUGCCCUUCUACGUGCUCAACAUCGUCAACGUGGUGUGCCCACUGCCUGAGGAGCCCGCCUUCUUUGGGGUUUACUUCCUGGUGGUGGCGCUGCCCUAUGCCAACAGUUGUGCCAACCCCAUCCUUUAUGGCUUCCUCUCCUACCGCUUCAAGCAGGGCUUCCGCAGGGUCCUGCUGCGACCCUCCCGCCGCGUUCGCAGCCAGGAGCUCACUGCCGGCCCUCCGGAGAAGACUGAGGAGGUAGAUGAGGAGGAGGAGGAUGGGGAGGGGAGCAGGGAGCAGGGGAAGGGGAAGGAGAUGAAUGGCCGGGUCAGCCAGAUCACGCAGCCUGGCACUAGUGGGCAGGAGCGGCCGCCCAGCAGAGUGGCCAGCAAGGAGCAGCAGUUCCUUCCCCAGGAGCCCUCCAAUGGGGAGAAAUCCAGCACAGGGCACACCAGCUAUCUGUAGGGGCCUGGGGAGAGCCGGGGUGGCCCGAGGAAGGGGCAGAAGCUGUGGGUGUGCUUGGGGCAUACUUCUCAAGGUGCCAGAGGCCCACGAUGGGAUGUUGAGGGGCCUGGGCUCUGAUGCUCUGGCUGCCAGGACUUUCUGUGUGACCUUGGGUAGGUUUCUUCCACUCUCUGGGCCUCAUUUUCUGCUGUGACUCAGGGAUAGGAGUCAUCAGCCUGGAUGAGCUAUGUCAGAUGGGAGGUCUGUAGGGCACUGCUGCUGGGCUGACCUUGCUGAGCAGGACCCAGAUGAAGAGGUGGGUGCAGACUGGCCUCCCCCACAGGGAUGGAGUGUCUUGGGGUAUCAGCCUGAAUCUUGGCCCUCAGAGGGAUGAACCAAGGCUCCUUCUUGGAGACUGAGGGAGGGACCCAACCCAUGAGGACUGGCAGAGUGUCUGAGGAGCACUGUGGAGAGAAGGAAGAGGAGGGGAGAAGAGGAAGAGGAACACAAGGGGGAAGGAGGAGGAGGAGGAGGGGGAAGGAGGAAGAGGAGGA